CGUCUGACGGUUGUGACAUAACAUCCAUAACAUCGAUGUAUGUACGCGGAAGAAAAUAGUGUCGCGUUGAUUCAAUAUUGUUGACAAUAUUGUUUUAGAGAGUUUCCAAAGUUUUAUUUGAAAGAAUCACUAAUCCUUUUCAAGUUACGUACGAAAUAUUAUUCACAGUUUUCGUCUGCACAUAAAUGUUUCAUAGAAUUGAUCCAGAAGAUGAUCACAAAGAAAAGCUGCCUGAUAUCAAAGAAAUCAUCAAAAAGAAUUUCCGAAAAAAAUGCACCAGGGAAACAGUUAUCAAUCGAUUUCCGAUAAUCAAAUGGCUACCUCGCUAUCAACUAAACUACUUGUACAAUGACACAAUAGCCGGAAUUAGUGUGGCACUGACAGCUAUUCCUCAAGGCAUUGCAUAUGCUGUGGUAGCAGGAUUAGAUCCUCAGUAUGGUCUGUAUUCCGAAUUUAUGGCUUGUUCGCUGUAUUGCAUAUUUGGUACCUGUAAAGAGUUGACUAUCGGCCCGACUGCGAUCAUGGCUUUGAUGAUACAAAAAUUUGUAGCAGACAGUCAAGACUUCGCUGUGAUAAUUGCAUUCAUAAGUGGUAUUGUAAUCCUGAUUUUAGGAAGUUUGAAUUUAGGGUUUUUGGUACAAUUCAUCUCUUUGCCGGUAACUGCUGGUUUUACAACUGCAGCCGCACUGACAAUAGGUUCCAGCCAGAUCAAGUCAUUGCUUGGAUUACCCGGUCAAUCGUCCAAUUUUUUGGAAGCAAUAGAAAAUUUCUUCAAGAAUGCAGAUAAGGCACAACUAUACGAUUCACUGUUGGGUUUCUCGACGAUAUUUAUGUUGUUAGCGUUACGAAAACUGAAAGACGUUAAGGGACAUUUAGCUGUUCCACUGAAAUACGUAUCGCUAGCUCGGAAUGCAAUAGUGGUGAUAUUCGGCACUGUUUUAGCCUAUUGCCUGACACAGAACGGAAAGUCACCAUUUACUUUGACUGGUGAAGUGAAAGCCGGCCUUCCGGACAUAAAGCCACCACCGUUUUCCACAGUUGUUGGCAAUCACACAUUAGGAUAUGGUGAAAUUUUGAGCCAUUUGGGAACGGGGAUCAUAAGCAUUCCAUUGAUAGCCAUCAUUGAAGUGAUUGCAGUGAACAAGGCUUUCUCGCGAGGACAAUCUGUGGAUGGAACACAGGAGCUGAUUGCUUUGGGUGUUUGCAAUUUAGUUGGGGCAUUUUUCCAAGCAAUGCCGGUUACGGGAUCGUUCACACGAUCGGCAAUUAAUCACGCAAGUGGAGUAAAAUCAACUCUUGGUGGAGUUGUCACAACCAUUUUAGUAGUAUUAUCACUAGUUUACCUGACACAAUCCUUCCAAUUUAUACCAAAAGCAACAUUGGCCGCUGUUAUAAUUACUGCCAUGAUAUUCAUGGUAGAAUUUCGUGCGGCAGUAGAAACAUGGAGGGUAAAACGUAUCGAUGUACUUCCAUUUGUUGUAACUCUCGUCACUUGUUUACUGUUGGGACUGGAGCUUGGAAUGGUGAUUGGUAUCAGUGUGAAUAUUGUUUUUAUUUUGUAUAUGACCAGUAGACCAAAGACUCGCAUCAGUCACCAUGACAUCAACGGCUACGAAAUCUUACUGAUCGAACCGAAUCAGAGUUUGGUGUAUACUGCCGCUGAACAUCUUAAACGGAAAAUUUUGAAACAUUCCCUCAACGACGAACAUAAAAUUACCACCAUCGUUAUCGACGGACAUUUCGUUUGGUCCAUGGAUUCCACCGUAGCUAAGACUCUAAAGUCUUGCGUGGACGAACUUAAUUCCAAUGAUAAAACAAUACUGUUUUGGAAUUGGAGAUCACAGCCGACGGGUGUUGCAUGGCGAUUAGGUUCAGAUUUCGGAAAACUGUUUAAGACGACAGAUACUUUGGAUGAGCUUAUAGAAAACGAAGUACUUCUGAAAAUGUCGGGCAGCAGCGUGGUUAGCCAGUAAUAGCUUUAUCUUAACAGUAUUUAUUGAAGAUAGAUAUAAUGAUUUCGACGAUCAUUUUUUUAAAAGUUGUGAUA